UGCCAUCACCUGGACAAGAACAGUUCGUUGCAGAGAGAGAGAGAGAGAGAGAUAGAGCUUCCUCGCUUCAGAUCUCACCAGCCGACCUCGAGCUCCUCUCCCAUGGUGAAGUAAAUCGAGCGGCACCUCUCAGCUUCGCCUCUUUCUUACUUCGACGAAGAGGAAACAACCAUACUCGGCGUCGGGGGAGAAAUUAACAGGAGGAGGAAGGAAUCGCGGUGAUGGAAGGCUUUACCGCCGAAGAUCUGUCGACAAUCGGAGGAAUCGCCACCGUGUCGCUCCUGCACUCGUUCAUCCCGACGCAUUGGCUUCCUUUCUCCAUCGUCGGCCGAGCGCAGAAAUGGACGCUCUCCCGGACUGUCCUCGUCACUGCAUUUGGAGCAGUUUUACACGUAAUAUCUACUUCCCUUCUUGGCAUAACUGCAAUAACAAUGGCAAACACGAUUGCUGGAGAAGAAACAGUCCACAAACUUGCUUCACUCUUGCUGGUUGUUCUUGGUGGUAGCUACAUCUUGUUGUUUCUAUCCGGCAAAGGUGGUCAUACUCACUCCCACAACCAACCAAUGGAGAAAAUGGCCGUUGCUGGACUGGUUCUUGUUCCUGCAUUAUCUCCUUGCGCUACAACACUUCCAGUCUUUCUCGCUGUUGGAAAUUCCUCCUCAAUGAUGAUACUUGCCAUCAUAGUGUUGCUUUUCAGCACCAUUACUGUGAUGACAUCGCUGGUGGCUCUCUCAUUUUAUGGAGCUAGCCAACUGAAGUUUCACUGGGUGGAACGAUAUGACAAGCUUCUCGUAGGUUCAGUACUGUGCUUGGUAGGAAUCUUGACCCUUGUUUUUCAUCAUCACGAUCACGAUGGGGAUACCGGCAGUCAGCAAUUGCACAGGAAAAUUAUCAGUCUGUGAUGGUUUAUUGUAUAUCAUCAAGUGUUCUUUUACAUUUGCUAGCGGCUAUAGUGAGAAUGUAUUUUCUGUAUUAAUCAGCAACGCUCCAAAUAUAAGCUUCUGUUCAUUUUGAUGAAGUGAGUAAUUGAAAUUACUCUAUUUCUACUGGCUA